AUUGCAGAUAGAAGUUAUCGAAUCACGUCGGAAGUGUGUGAUUGUGUCUGUGUACAUAAAACCAAUACAACUUAACAGUUUAUGAGUUGUCAAAUAACGUACUCGUGUCAUACUCAUCAUUUUAAAAUCAUACUAUUUUCUAUAAAACAAUUAAAUAAUUAUAAUUAAACAUUAUGGAGUCUUACGAGAGUGUGCUUUUAGUUAAGUCCGAGGUAUUUGUAUUUAAAAUUCCCCCAAGGGCAUCCAAUCGAGGUCACAGAGCAGCAGAUUGGAAUCUCCAAGAGCCAUCAUGGACAGGAAGGAUGCGUUUGGUAUCUCAAGGUGAUACGAUAACGAUUAAACUAGAGGAUAAAAUGAGUGGAGAAUUAUUUGCCAAGUGUCCUAUUGACACUUAUCCUGGUGCAGCUGUUGAACCAGUAACUGAUUCAUCGCGUUACUUUGUGCUAAAAAUCCAGGAUGACAAUGGCAGAGCAGCUUUCAUUGGUGUAGGAUUUUUAGACAGAUCUGACAGUUUUGAUCUCAAUGUUGCUCUGCAGGAUCACUUCAAGUGGCUAAAAAAUCGUGAACAAAUUGAAAAAGAAAAAGAGCAACCUAAACCUGAGCUAGAUCUCAGGUUCAAAGAGGGAGAAACUAUUAAAAUAAAUAUGAAAAUUACCAAAAAAGAUGGUAGUGAAGUUUCAUCAAAGUCAAAGCGUCCUCAAGUAGGACUAGGUCUUCCCCCACCUCCAGGAGGUGUCAAAAUAGCACCACCACCACCAAAAACUCCAACUUCCUCACCGGCUCAUAAGCCAGUCGGAAAUGCACAACCAGGUUCUGAAUGGGGUGAAUUUGCUAGUGCAUCGCAACAACAACAACAACAGCAGCAGCAGCAACAACCAUCAGCUGCAUCUCCAGGUUCCGCUUCCAAUGCCAGUUGGGUACAGUUUUAAUAAUCCGAAUGUACUAACAAAACGUCGUAACUGAUGACAAAAUAUUAUAACAACGCGAACGUUAUCUAACGCUAAAUACACAUGUGUAUUACACACAAAUAGAAAUAUCCAGUACAUUAAAACGUGUUCGCUAGUUGAUGUAUAUACUUAUUAUAUAUUAGCGAGGGAAUAACGAUUACGAUAUGCGUACUUUUUUUUUAUUGGAUUGGGUACAGAUUGACGAUAAACUUGCCUAGUUUGAAUUUAAUUAUCAAUCAACUAUCUACUUAGUUAAUUAACUAAAUGAAUAAUUAUUGUUAUCAUAAUUAUUAUUUUUUUAUUAUUGUUGUUGUAAGCAUGACAAUAAUUAUUUACGUCCAUGUUGUGCAUUUUUGAUAAAGAGGUAUCAGUAUUAGUUUUAAUUAAUGUUUUAAUGAACAAGAGUGUAGAGAAGGAUAUUGAUCUAUUGAUUGCAUUAGUUUUAAUUGUUUUACGUCCUUAUUUUUUUUUUAAUUAUUACAUUGUUGAAUCUAUUGUUAAAGUGACAUAUGCAUGUGAGUCGAAAUAAUUAAAAAGACGUAUAAUUAUUAUAUUAAAUUUACUGUACCCAGUCUAAUUGCUGUGAAACAAUGUUAUAUGUAAUAACUAAAACUUUUUCUCAUUGCGCAAAUUUAUCUUUAAAUUAAGUCAUUACGAAUUAUUAUUUUUAUUUUAUUUCCGGUGAUUAAAGAUUUUUUUUUUAAUUUUUUAUGGUUUAAUGUUUAACGAACAAAAAUAUGAUUCUGAAGUUAGCAGACAAUUAACAAUUUUCGAAUUUUUUCUACCAAAUAAAUAUAAAACAAAAAAAAACUAAGAAUGCAUAUGUAGAAAAUUAAAAAAACUAUUGGCGCAAUUUUUUAAAAUAUUUUUUAUUAUUUAUCAUUUUUAAAAAAAUCCAAAAUUUAUUAAGAGUUGGCUAAUUUCAAUAUUAAACAAAAAUUUAUUUCGUAUUUUUUUUUUUUAAAUGAUUGAAGGAAAAGAAAACGUGAUUGCAUUGAAAUUAGAUUGAGUAGAUAACACACGUCGUAGGGCCUCAGUGAAAACUGGCACUUGUACAUAAAUAAAUUAGAAGCAGUAAUUAGCUUCUAGAUAAAAGCCUAAUAAAAUAAAAAAACAUACAAAGAAAAAUAUAAAAAAAAAAAAAACAAACAAACAAACAAAAUGUGAGUUAUGUUAAAUUUAAAAUCUUAAUCUCAAUCAAUAGUUAUUAUAAUUAUUGUUAUAUUUUAUUUUUAAUAUGCCACGUAAUAGUAAAAAAAAAAAAAGUUAAAUAUUAGAUAUAUAUUUUGAAAGCGCAUGCUUAGGUUUUGCAAAUGCAAAAAAUACUUUGAUUUUUUUGUAAAUAUGAUGUAAUAUUUCAUUGCACUUGAAUUUAUUUUAUAUUAUUAUUAUUAUCGCGAAGUAUAUUGUUGAUUAUGAUGACGAACGUAAUUAUAAUUAUAAUUAUGAUUAAUAAAUUAGUAUUAUAGAUCAGAGGAUGCGUGAUAGGAUCGUGAAUUACUAAUUUAUUUUUCUAAUAAAAAAAUCUCGAGCAAAAAAAAAAUAAUUAUCGGAAGCAAUAAAUAUUUUGUUGAAAAUUAAAAAAUCAAAAUAUAUUUUGAUUGAUUUUGAAUUAAUUAAAUAAUACUUUAAAUAUAAAAUUAAAAUAUUUUCAAAUUAAAUGAAUUAAAUUUUUAAAAUAAUUAACUUAACAUUCGAUGAAAAUUAAAAAUACUUAAAUUGUUAGUGCAAUUAAACAGGAUAGAAAAAGAAAUAUUGGAUUAUCAUUAAAAAAUAAUAACCGGCAGUUGACAAAAUGUUAUAUCAUUCUCAUGUAUAUUAUUUUCGAAUAAACAAAAAGAAAUAUUUAAAUAACAACGUUAUCUAUAAUAAAUUAUUUAAUUAUUAUUUAAAUCAUAAAACCUUCCUCAUAUCUUUGAAUGUCACAGACAAAACUGUCUAUUUAAAAAAGUAAUUAAAAAUAUUAAAAAAAAAGUGUAUUGUAAAAUUAAAUAAAUAGAAAUAUUUUUGUUAAUUGAGAUAUAAAAACCCCCAUAUCAUAUAUCCUAUUUUUGAAUCAAUAAAUUAUUAGAUCGUCACUAAUGUUUAAUAAUGAGCUUAACAAAUAUAUUAAUGGCAUAGCCAAUACUUGGUGUAUGUAAAUAGAUUUAAUCGAUCUCGUUCAAAAUAAUAAUAAUAAACUAGUAUCAACAAAUACUGUCAGUUAAUCAACGAUACAUAUAAAGUGUAAAAUUAAAUAUAUAUAUAUAUAUAUACAUAUUGUGUAUUAGAUUAUAUAUUUAGAGAUGUAUAAAUAAUCAAGUAAAUGGAAAAUGUAAAGUUAUAAAAGUUUAAAUAAAUGGUGGA